CUCACUCUGACCGCCAAUGCUCCGCACCUUGCAAUCGAUCUCGCGCAAAGUUGACUCGCUCGGCGUCGAGUCCAGAGGCAUCGAGCGCUGUUUGCCCUGCGACCGCUCCACGUCCAAAUGGGUGCUCCCAUCCAUUGCAGGGCUGUGGAACUCGGGCUGUGGAGGACUCACCUCCAUGUCCUCCUUCUUCCUCGGUCCGUUGCUCUUUGGACUAGGAUACAAGGACUCUCUGGUUGUUGGCCUGCUCGGAAUGCUGCUUGGGUGCUUGCUCCCCGCCUACGCGGCCACUUUGGGCCCCAGAUCCGGCCUCAGGCAACUGUGUCUGGUGCGCUAUCUGUUUGGCCGUUUUGCUAUCAAGGUGGUGUGUCUGAUCUCGGUGAUCGGUCUUGGCGGGUGGACAGUCACAAACUCUGUGAUUGGAGGCCAGAUCCUGCUCUCAAUGAGCAACGGCAAGGUACCCGUCGAGAUUGGGAUCCUUAUUAUCAGUCUGCUCAGCGUCGUGGUGUCCAUUUUUGGGAUCCGGCUAGUGCUCAAGCUUGAGACGGUGGUCGGCGUUGUGGUGAUCGUCACGGUCAUUCUCAUGUACCCAAUGACCCGCCACGACAUCACACAAUUCCAUGAAAAUGUCUCUGUUGGCGACAGACUCACGGUUAUUGGCAACCGGCUCUGUUUCUUCACGCUGUGCUACUCUGUGACGGCCACCUGGGCAGGCAUUGCGUCGGACUACUACAUUCUGCUACCCGAGACAUUUAGCCAGAAAAAAGUGUUCUUCUUCACGCUGUUCUCGAUCGCCGUCCCGACCACCGUGGGAGCUGUCAUUGGACUGCUUAUUGGCAAUGCCGCAGUCUCAAAGCCGACAUGGGCCGCAGCCUACGAAACGUCCUCGCUUGGCGGCCUGCUGAACCUCGUUUUCGACGCGUGGGGCGGGUUCGGCAAGUUUCUGCUCAUUCUGCUUUGGCUCUCGCUCAUGACCAACAAUAUCAUCAAUCUAUACUCGUCCGCCUUGAUCAUCCAGAUUGUCGAUCCGUGGGUGUAUCGGAACAUUCCGCGCUGGUUUAUGGUGCUCGUGGUGUUUGCCGUGACGCUGGUGCUCGCGAUGGCCGGCAGAGACAAGCUGAGCACGAUCCUGUCGAACUUCCUGCCCAUGCUGGGCUAUUGGAUCACGAUCUACUUUGUGAUCCUCGUGGAGGAGAACGUGAUCUUUCGCUCCACCAAGCUGGUCAGUCUGUUCAGGUUCGAGUUUUCUGAGGAUGAAAUAGCCGACGAGGUCGAGUCAAAGGAAAUGGCCUUUGAGGCAACGGUUUCUCAGAAAUAUGGUCAAAAACCCUACUACAACUUUGCAGCAUGGGACUCCGCCAGCUGCCAGACGUACGGGAUUGCUGCAUCGCUGGCCUUCUGCAUGGGGGCCGCGGGCGCGGUGCUUGGGAUGGACCAGGUGUACUAUAUCGGUGUGCUGGCACGCAAGAUCGGGGACUAUGGCGGCGACAUCGGCACAUGGCUGAUCCUCGCGUUCACAGGGCUCUCAUACCCUGUCCUCAGAUACGCAGAGCUGCGUAUUUUCGGCAAAUAGAAAAAUAUCAAUUUAUUCGGGGUCACUGGCUAUUUGCUCCCUUAUUGGUAAAUAUCGACACGAGGUAACACCUGAAAAACCAUUUGAGCGACUCCAGCAGUCCGGCCACCGAAACCAGCCACGAGUAGUAGUUUUUCCUGUGCGACACGUGCUUUGGUUCUGGCGCCGGCUCAGCCGCAGUCUCGUGUUCUUGCUCGUCCCUGGCUGCUUCCUCUGCCUCGUCCUGGUGGUUCUCCACCUCGACCCAAGCAGACGACACCGCAGAAUCGGGCUCCUCCAUGGCCUCUGUGAUCACGACAACGUUGUUUUCUGUGCCCAGCUCGUUUGUCUCCGUGGCCUCUUGGUCGUUGCAAACCCACUCCUGCUCGUUGACAACAAACUUAUACAGCAAUUUAUCCCCUACACGGACAUUGUUCAGUUUCAGACUGGUAGCCCACCUGGUGCCUGCAGCGUCAUACUCAAGUCCAUCAGCCGUCUGCGACCAGCCGUUGAACGUGCCUGCCACAUGGACGCUGUUGAAGCUGUGGGCUUUGUCGUCAAGGUGCACUUCCAGCGAAUACAUAAAGAGGGAGAAAAAAAAAGUGAGGGAUAAUAUUUAUGACAGGAGACGGAUCGCAGCCGAUCAUGCUGUAAUCUGGAGACAAGCAAAGCCUUUGUGUGCUGUUCUGAGGCACAUCUUGGCGGUCGCCAUGUACACCCAGAACGCGAGAGCCCCUGCUGUCUGCCUCAGGUGAUACGAUGCAUCUGCAGACGAUCGACCCGUCGAAAAACAUGAGAUCUUUUUUUUAUUUAUCUUUGUUUUUUCCUCGCAUGUCGCAGACGACUCCCCGAGGCCCUGAAUUGAAGGUCGACCUCACUCCCGUGCAGAGUCACAUGACC